AUGACACAAACUUCAAAAGCUACUUAAAACAAAGAAUCUGCAAGUUUUGGACAAAACUUAUCUCUAGAUGAAGAUGAUUACUAAUGGGAUUUUUAAAAUGAUGAUUAAAAUAGAGUUAAAAGCUAAGAUCAAAUCUGGGAAUAUAUCAUAAAUCUCAAGCCUUUCAAAAUAAAUUACUUUAGGAUUUUAUUCGAAAAAUUCAAACACUGUCGAAAGAGAGCAUCUGAUAAAUACAAAAGGUCAAUUUUAAUGCUUACUCUAUUUAAGAAAGGUCAGUCUAAAAUUGACUCUGAGUUUGAUAUAAAACAAUAAUACCCUACAUGUCAGAGAAUGUUAUUAAUUUAGCAAAGAAUUAAAUUCAGAACAAUCGAUUAUCUAAACAGUAGAAAAAUUUAACUGUAGCAGAUUGAAAUUUAGAAAAAGAACAACAAAAUUGACUAAAGAAUACAUAAAAAUCUCCUUAAGUCAUCUAAUGAGAUUGGAAUUGAAGGAGGAAUUUAUACUGCUAGUAAAUAGAUAAAUUCUUCAUAAAAGAUGUAGGAAAAAUAAAAUAUUAUUAAAGUAGCCAUUGAAAAUAGUUAUUAAAACAAAGUCUUGAACUUUGAAAGAUAAAGUAAUCCUGAUAGUUCCAAUAUUUGA